AUAACGUAGUUUUCUAGUGCCCAAUGCUGUGUCUAUGUGUAUGGAGGAGGGGUGGCUAGAGUAAUUAGAGUGCAUGGCAGGGGUACUUACUGGGGGUUAGUUUCUCUACUCGUAAAAGGGGGAGUUCGUGUGUCAGUAGGGGGACUCAUUAGGAUUGAACUUGUUCCGCAGCAUGGCUGCUAACGAGGAUCAGGAGAUGGAGCUGGAAGCUCUGCGAUCAAUUUAUGAAGGGGAUGACUGCUUCAAGGAGUUGGGACCUACUUCUUUCCAAUACCGGGUUGGUGAAAAUGGUGAUCCCAAAGCCUUCCUUAUUGAAAUGUCCUGGCCUGAAACGUACCCAGAUGGACCCCCAACCAUAUCAAUGAAUGCAUUUUUUAAUAAUCAAAUCUCUCCAGCUGUUAAACAAAGCAUAUUAAACAAGUUCAAGGAGCAGGUAGAUGCCAAUCUUGGCACAGCCAUGACUUACACACUGUUUGAAUUUGCCAAAGACAACAAAGAAGAGUUAAUGGAAAACCACCAGCCCAUUAGCAGUGGCAUUGCAGUGGGAAAUGACACCACAGUAGAGACAUCAAGCGUAACAGCAACUAGUAAGAUAAGAGAUAAAAAGGAGCAGCUGACAAAAGCCCAGAAAAGAAAAUUAGCAGAUAAAAUAGAUCAUAAAGGCGAGCUCCCUCGUGGAUGGAACUGGGUUGAUGUUAUUAAGCAUCUGGCAAAGACGGGUUCCAAUGAGGACGAAUAGAAAGAACUUGGAAUCUUUUAAUACAUCAAAUACCAACAUGAAAACCCUUCCCUUCCGCGUUUUUUUUAUUUUACUAUACUUAUUUAUUAAAGAGCUUAAAUUACAUUUUCUAGAGCUCCUGUUUAAUAAACAGUGUGUCUUUUUACUACAUUA